AUUGAUAUAACCAUUAGAAUAACAACUACUACUACUAAUAAUGCUACUUUCAUUAUUUUAAUUUGCAACUGCAAUCACACAACACCGACGACAAUACAUUACACUAUAAAUUCGUCAAUAAAUGAGAAUUAUAUCUUCUGUUUUACACACAUGCACGCACACACACACAGCAAUAAUGCAAACCACAACCUCUAUGCACAAUUCAUGCUACUUGCUGGAAUUGAUAAUUUCACAAAUGAUAAAUGAGUAAUAAAGUAAUUUAUUUUUAUUGACUUUUCAAAUGAAAUAUAUAUGUAUUCCUAACUCAGUUAUGUGCAUUUCUACAAAGACGUAAGAAGAAAAAAGGGAGAAGACAAGGUCGUCGAAUCAGUGUGCAAUUGAGAGUGUGUGGGUGCGAGUACAUGUGUUCAUUUGUGCCCCAUUUUUGUUUUAAUGAUAAUAAAGGAGGAUUUUAUAGAUCUUAUACGGACGACAAUCAAAUUUCCCGCUUCCACUUCAAACAAACAAAAACAAAUUGAAUGUUUAAUCAAUUUCAACAAAAAUAACCAUGAUUCGUGAUGAUGAUGUUGAUGACUGUGAAUGUACAAACGAUACUAAUCAGUGUAAUGAAAUCAAUCAAAUUAAACAAUUCUACGGAAGUCAUUUGAGUGGUUUAAAUAACAGUGAUUUUCAAAUUGAUGAAUUGUCAUCAAAUCCUGAGAAACGAACAGAUGUCAAUAGGGCAAAACGUUCAAAAUCGUGUGUUGACUCAUCAAGUUAUGUAUCACAAUUUCAUUCAGGAAAAAAAUCUGUUCCACAAGAAAAAGCACGACGUCUUGGUGUUUGGCGACCGGUGACAACAUUUGUUAAUAAUUUACAAUCAAAAUUACGUAAUCAAUCCAAUGCUCCAAAAACUGAACAGUUGACACGAUUUGAAACUAAACCAAGUAUCAUAGAUCAUUUUGGUAAAUUUGAUGUUGGACAUCCAUCAGGAUGUAAUUCAUCAAUAGCUGAUGUCUCUAUGGAAGGUGAGUACAAUUUCUAUCCGGAUAUAAUCCAGACAUCAGGAUUAUCAAUCAAUGAACAAGAUACAUGUGAAUAUGAUGGAAAUAAUUAUGGAAAUCGUGUCAAGUUUCUUCAAUAUAUGGAAAAUGAUAAUUUGUCUAAAACAUGUACAGGAUCUGCAAAUACUCCAGUUCUUGUAAGACUUAAUGUUAGUGGAACAGUAUUCCAUGUACGACAUAGUACACUGAAACGUGAUCCAUUUGUCUAUGGUAAAAUGUUAGAAGAUGCUAUAUGGGUUGCACAAACACGUGAAUACUUUUUUGAACGAGAUCCUGAAGUAUUUCGAUUUAUAUUAAGUUAUCUACGUCGUGGUGAAUUACAUCUGCCUCAAGGAAUGUGUGGACCUCUUGUAGAAAAGGAAUUAGACGAUUGGGGUAUAGCACUUGGUUUGGAUAUUCAACGAUGUUGUCUAGGUCCAGUUAUGGAGAGUAAAUCAAAAAUGGAAUCAUUACAAAAAUUUGAACAUAAAUUGGAACCAGCCUCCAUUCGACCAGAUUAUUGGAUACAAUCUUAUAAAUGGCAAGCAUUUCGUGAAAAAGUAUGGUCUGUGAUCGAUAUUUCAACAAGACGUGUCAGUGCACGAUUGAGUGCUCAUCGAAAUGCUCGACAAGAAACAACGAAUCCCCUAUUUCCCUGUGAUUAUAAUAAAACCAACAAUAAUAAUAUUCAAUUAAGUAUGAAUGAAGGGACUGUUGACUCGAAUCAAAAGACAUUAGAUCCCCAUGAUCUCUGUAAACAAGUCAAUAAUGCAGUUGCUCAACAAUCACAUCCUCACCCUUAUGCUGAACAGAAUUCACAAGGUCAAGAUUCAAUGAAUAAUCAACCGAUGAAUCAUAUUUCAGUAGUAUCUUGUCCACAAGAAACACCACCUUCAAAUUUACCCACUAUGAAUUCAAUGAAUGCUGAUUGUGAUCCAGAAUUGAGUAAAUUUCGUCCAGUCUGGAGGUCAGCAUCAUCGAAUGAAAGUGAAGCAAAGUAUAUUACAUGGUUAAGACGUUUGUAUUUAAUUUAUGAAACAUUAAUUGUUACUUCAGCUGUCGGUGUAUUUAUGUUGUCUACUGUAAAAGAUUUUCGUGUACCAUUCUAUUUAAAUGCAUCUGCUUUGCCUAAUGGAACAACAUUGGAUAAUUUUCCUGAUCCAUCUGUACAAAUCCCAGUCUCAGUGAGAACAAAUAGUAGUCUGUUAACAUUACCAGCUAAAUGGCUUGUACAAAUGGAUAUCUUCUUUUCAAUUGCUAUCACUAUCGAUGUAUUAAUUCGUAUGGUAUUUUGUCCAUGUUUUCUAGUCUGGUUAUUUUCUGUGUCAACACUGAUCGAUAUCUUAUCCUUGAUCCCAUUCUAUUGUGAAUUUAUUUUCUAUGAAUUAGUAUAUAAUUCUAAUUAUAAUGAUCCACAAGCCGUAGCAUGGAUAAUCAGUGUACUUCGGGUAGAAGAGUAUUUUGUCAUUUUAAAAGUGUUUGUUGUUCUACGCCUAUUUCGUGUAUUAAGACGUCAUCGAGGGACACGUGUUCUCUUGUAUACAAUUCGUACAACAAUAGCAGAUGUAUCAAUUAUUGUAGUAUUAAUUCUUGAAAGUGCCUUAUUCUUUGGUGCAGCUAUUUAUUUUGUUGAUAAAUCAUUUACGGAUAUUCCAAAAGGAUUUUGGUGGGCAUUAAUCACAAUGUCAACUGUUGGAUAUGGAGAUCUAGUGCCUAGUAAUACUUAUGGUUAUAUUGUGGCUACAGCAUGUAUCAUACUGGGUGCAUUGUUAAUGUCGUAUACUAUACCUGUCCUGGUCAAUCAUUUCUUACUCUAUUAUGCACAUGCAGAUCAACUUUAUAUGGUGAAACAGUUACAUCGUACAGCGAAACGUAAAAUACGCAAUAGACGAAUGUCACGUUAUCUGCAUAAAGCGUUGGCCAGUGCUAAGACAUUUGUCAAUGCAACAAUUGAUAAGAAGAAUUCAGCUACAAUUAGCCAUAAUACGGAUAAAGCGAAUACAGUAAUUAAUCAUUAAAAUGUCUUUCUCAUUUUUUAUAGAUAAUGCCUUCUGCUUCUCCCUCCGUGUAUAUGGUGUGUGUGUGUAUAUGCAUGUCACGUGCUCAAACUCUCUCGCCUUUGUUCAUACAAUUACCGGUCCUUUGACCUUUUCUUACACUCCUCACCCUAUCUGUAAUCCUUUUAGGGAUUUCAAUAAGCGUCAAGGUCAAAAAAGAAAUAUGCAAUUCAAAAAAACAAAUUAUAACAUUGAAGAUUGAAUCUUGUUGUAAAAUUUGAUUAUAUUUUAUAUAUUUAUUUGGAUAUUUAUUUAUAAAUGAAUAUGAGAUGGUUUGUAUUCAUCAAAUUAACAGAACUUAAAAGUUUUCUAGUAAUU